AAGACGGGCUCAUUCAGCGUCCUUCAAACAUGGCAGAGAACGGAUCGCUUGUCACGGUGUCAGGGGCAGCCCUAUCUUUGCUUUUAUACGAAAAUGUGCGAAGUAUGGGCGAUCAGAUUGGCUUCCUGGUGGGAGAAGUUCUUGUCUAUGUUACCAAAAAUGUCACUGAUUCCGACAGACAAGUUGAAAACAUAAAAACACAUGUCGAUAUAAACACGAUUAUUACCUAUCCAUCGACAAAUUCGCUCUACAACAGCAUAGGUCAUGUGGAUAAGGAAAAACUGAAAGCAUUCAUCCGCGAUAAGAGCAAACACAUCGUUGGAUGGUUUCGAUUCAGGAGAAAUGGAUCCCUUGUACCCACCCUACAGGAUAAAAUUUUACAUAAGGAACUUAGAUCGACUCUUUUCAACAGCGAUGCUAGGAAUCACGAAUACUUUACCAUGUGCCUUCUUAACACCUCUGUAUCGAACCGGGGUGGAACGCACAAGUUUAGACAUGUUUUUCUUCGCUACAAAAACGGUGAUUUUGUGCCAAUACCAUUGAGAAUAAAUAACUUGGGUGACGAUUCUUCUCGCCCGGAUGGAUCAGAUUAUAAACCCACACCUCUACAAAAAUCUCUGUCUGAAACUGAUGCAUUUACGAAAAUCAUCAAAUCCCUAAAAUUAGAUGUGGUGAAAACUCCUGGAACAGAAUUGGUGACGUGCAUUCAGAAAGCAGCCGAGGAUUAUCUGGAACAUUUAAUCCCAAAACUAUCUGCUUCAGACCGAGAGGUUGCCCAGUUAGAAAACAAAGUAUGGCAAUUACAAACAAAGAUACUCGCUAAAAAGUUAUCCAGUAAGACGAGAGAGCGAGAAACUUUCUGUCUGGGAAAUCUGAACUGUCGGUGGGAAAAAAAUGAGCAAGAGAGAGAGAAAAAAAAGCUAGAAUCCAAGCUAUCUGCCGACAGAUUGCGAGACGAAUUAAUCGAUAUCUUCAAUGACGACAGCUAUGCUGUUAGAAAUCAGUCUAUGGUACAGAGGCAGGCCUCGUAUACCAACAAGCAGAGGAAUCUUGUAAUUCAGGCGCAGAAAAGUGUUAACGUUAACCCAAAUAAUUUCAAUCAAGAUGGCACAAAGGGAAAGUUUAAUCCUGACUCAUCAAAACCAAAUACGAGUAGAGUUCAAGAUCCCUUGGCUGUUUCAGUAGCAGUUACGAAUAUAGAUAUGACUGAGAAAAGCCCAAACAAAGAUAGCAGAUCAAUGUCCAAAGAAUCAAGUUCAAGUCCCGAAUGCUUAAUGUUUGUAAACCACGUAGACCAUAACGAUUCAAAUUUAAAUCUAGGCCGGGGGUACAGUCGUAACAUUGGUAAUCAAUCCGAAACAUUAGACUCAAGUUUUGGAUCUAAAAAAGCGCGUCGAGGGAAACCGAGAACAGCCUCACACAGCCAAACACCGACUGAACAACAACAACCAAAUGUGGCGGCGAAGUUAGAAUGCCCUGUUUCUACUUUAUCGUACAGUCAGGUCACCCGUAAAUCAAACGACGCUAAUACUAUCCAAUCCUCAGAUUCGCAGGAGUACUGAGUAACUGAUAAUCUCGCAAAUAUUUAAACCAUGUUAUGUAUAAAUAAUACGAGCACAAAUGGUACAGAAUUAUGUAAGCGUGGCAGAGACAUUGGCAUACAAUAAAAUCACUAAUAAGUAAAUGACUCUCAAACGAUCUGAUUGUAAAUCACAUUAA